CUCACCGGCAUGCGCUACAACUAAGCGCACCCAUCCCUCUAUCACCGCUCAGAAAAAAUCCCCAUUCUCUCUCUCUCGCGUGAGCCCCCCUCUCUCCGCUGCGACUCCUCGCCGCCACAGCCACAUACGCCGGCCACCUCGCCCCGCUCCGGCGACUCGUGGCACCGCCGGACACGCUCCCGAGCUUGCCUCCCUCCGCUACGUCCUCCCCUCCGACUGGAUUCGACGCUCGUGCCCACUAGCAGCCCUCCCCCGCGGCUAGGGUUUCGGGCGCGGCGGCGCCUCUCACUCCGGCGAGUUCAACCCAUCCUCCUUCCUCUUCCUAUCUCUCUCCCUCCCCGUGUCUAAUCUCUGGUGGGGUCUUCUCUUGUAGAUGUGCCGAGAAGAGGGAGAUCAACCAAGUCCUAGAUCCAGCACACCUCCAUGCCAUGGACCCUUGACGAACGAAGGUCGAGGAAGGCCACUGCGUCUGUGCUCGGCCACGAGAAGAUGACAUGGAGCUCGUCUUCCCGCUCAUCUGCUUGUCAAGCUGCACCGAGUUUUCUCACAUCUGCCCGAAGGUGUCCACCAACUUACAUAGGGUUCUGGUGGCGAUGCCGACGGUCGUCGAGAGGUUCGUGGACUGGACAGUGUCGUGGCUGCUGAUGUACGGAGAGGUGAAGCUGCUGCUCGUCAUCUACCUCUGGCACCCUAGCACACGGGGUGCGGGGCACGUAUACGAUGGCUUCCUCCAUCUGUUGGUGGCGUGGCAUGAGGCCGGCAUCGACCGGGGCCUGCUUGAGCUGAGGGCUAGGGCGAGGUACAUGACAGUGUCACAACUCAAGGCGGCGGCUGCCAUCGGUCAAGUGUGGCUCGUCGAGGCUGCCCGCUGUGUUUUGUCGCAGCUGCAGGCCGCGAGAUCAGGCCGGGAAGGCGCCACGCAUUGACGAGUGAGCCAAUUUUUGGAUCGGACCAUAACAACGUGUGUCAGUCUCUGACGUCUAGAAGUAGUGGUAAAGUUUUGAAUUUGCAUGGCAAGAACCACUUACGUAGGUAGCUGACACGCACAACACUGUGUUUACACUCUUUCUUAUGUAAAAGAUACGAAUUAUACACGAGAUGCCUCUAAAGUGAGGAAUUGUGAUAGUAGAUAUGGCAAUUGUGUGAUA